AUGGCAGAAUUAGAGUCCCUUUCUGCUUUCCCUUCUUUUCAGACCUGUGAUCAAUCUCGUCAAGCUGCUACUGGGAAUUUGCUUAAGAAGUGGCAUGCACAUUACAGGGGAGUUACUUGCUUGGUAUUUAAUGACGACCAGUCCCUUUUGAUUUCAGGGUCAGAGGAUGGAUGCGUUCGAGUUUGGUCCCUUUACAUGAUUUUUGGUGGUGCAAAUAGGGAGGGAGAAAAGCAUCCCUACGAGUAUAGUUUCCACGAGCAUACUUUGAAAGUGACUGACGUUAAGAUUGGCCAUGGAUGUAAUGCAAUCAUUUUAUCUGCUUCUGAGGAUAGAACUUGCAAGGUAUGGAGCUUAUCUAACGGAAAACUUUUGAGAAACAUUGUCUUCCCCUCAAUAAUUGAUGCGAUAACAUUGGACCCUGGGGAGCAUGUUUUUUAUGCUGGUGGAAGAGAUGGUAAGAUAUUCAUUGCUGCGUUAAAUGCUCCAGGAACCUCCAACAGUAGUUACGGGUUACAUAUCAUUGGUUCAUUAUCUGAACACAGUAAGGCUAUUACCUGCUUAGCUUCUAGUGCUGAUGGAUCUUUAUUGGUUUCUGGAUCUGAGGAUGGCAUGAUUCGAGUUUGGAACACUAAAAGCCGCAACAUUACUCGUGUCUUUAGACAUGCCAAAGGUCCUGUGAACAAUGUUCUUGUUGUUAGACAGCCACAGCAUUUAAAUCCUGGAACAUCUAUAAAUACCCAAGCUUCCGUGUUACGGGGACGUGGUUUUUUGUUGCCACCUCCACUGCAAAAAUAUGCCAAUUCAGCAGAUGAGAAUGCCUAUGUUAAAGCAUUCCUCGCUCCUCAGACUGCUUCAAACAAACUCUUACAUGAUCAAUACAUCAGUGUCCAGACAAUGGAGAAUCUGAUUAAAGAACUUCAGGUAAGCAAUAGCUGCAUCCUAAGCCUGCUUGAUUUGUAA